AACGUCAUUGCAGAGGUACCGUGUCUGCAUGUCAUUAUUUAAAAAAAAUAUUGGUGACCUGAGUUUCGGAAGGACAUCAGAGAUUUUUGGAAACCGAGUUAAGUGCGAGGCGAAUAAUAACGCCGCUGAACCGAAUACGAAUCGAUUUCGCCGAACAGAGUAGCUUUCAAUUGACUUCAAUCGAAUAUUGCGGAAACCUUCCGUGUACUCUUAUACUUCUGGCCAAGUGAUAUGUAGUUCGGCAGGGACAGUCAGUGCACACUACUCGGAAACUAGCGUCGCAAGAAAUAGUUAAGGCUUUCAUUACGGAAUUGGAGCACUAAAUCAACCAGCAGCCUUUCGGUUCCUAGUCUGCAGGAUCGACUCGCAGGAUAUUCGAUUCGCUUGACGAAACUUUCGAAAAUUCGCCCAUCGCUAGACAUUUGCAAUGCUGCAGGCAAUAGGUGAGUAUCUGUGAACAUACAUGUCCUUUAUACUUCCCUCUGAUUCACGCUGUUCACAAAGCUGUUGUUGGUUGUUGGUUCGGGCUGCUUAGGCAGAGAGAUAAAAAAAAUGGCUUAACUCGUAUGGUACCGUGCUUCGCUGAAUGUUGGUCUCAAAAGCUGCAAAACUCCUUGCAAUAAGUAUAACCACAAAGAAUGCGCAGGUGACGGGCCUUUAUUCGAUAAACUUUGAGCACGCAAUGCUGCCUCACCUGCCCAUUUUCAGGACACCGAGAGGAGAGCAAAGAUCGAAGUGUAUUCAACGCAGACCCUAGUGCGGGGGCUCAUCGGAAGCCAUGCAUGGUUCUACCAAGUCUCGCCCAACACGUGCUGUAGACGUGCCAAACGAUCGAGGGCCAAUCACAGGAACUCUUCCGGUGUAGAUGUUAUGGCCUUUGCGUAUCCUGACUAUACGAGUGUGCCAAUAAAAUAAAAUAAAAUAAAACAAAAGUCACUCUGCUCAAACAAAGAAUGCCACUUAAGCAAGCGUGUCUACGCAUAUUUGCAAGAGCUCACCAAGUUUGUGUUUAAAAUACUUGUCACUGAUCGAGGUCGAUCAUUUUACGGCAGUUUUACGCCCAAGCCAGCACACUUGAAGAUUUCAGUGUCGAUGGUUAGGCCAUAGACUCCCACUGCCGCCGACCGGAGAAGCGCAGCUCAAAAACCAUAUCUUCGCCCCAUUUCACUCAUUUCCUGCCUAGGCAAGCUCAGAGACCAUGUAAACCAUCACGUAACAUUUGCAAUCAAAUUCUAUUGUAGGAACAGGCUAUUUGACGCCGUCAUUUUAAUGGCAGCGCUCAGUCAUCAACCGAAACAAAGUAGUAGUCUAUGUAUUUCACUAGAAUAGCAGCUUGGGCUUGUUGGUUUUCCAUUGAGGAGAGGGGGGGGAGGGGGGUAGUUGUCUGUAGCCGUCCCGCUUAACAUGAGAACUCGAUAAAACCGCCUAUGAAGUUGAUUGUGGAAAUAAGAUUUGACAGUGCUGUUAUAAUUUCAUUCAGCGCCAAUCUCGAGUGCUCCCUCCCCUUUUACACCUUCUGCCCGGGACGAGGGCAGCCGAGUUGGGUAGUCGUGCCCAGCUAUUAAAAUAGAUGCGCUUUUAUGACCAGUACGUUUAACGUUUCUGUGCAUGAACCCUCGCUUGCUGCUCAUUGGCGUGAACCUCGACGGCAGCCGUCCGUGCUCAUGGCCGGCGCGUCCGCGCUGCUCAAGGGGACCUUCGUCGGAGCGUCGCUCGUGUCUGCGGUCGAACUCGUGCAGAGGCCGAACCUGUCGCCCAGGCGUCCGGUGUGCCUGACACUCUGCGACAUCGCAUACCUGCUCUGUAACAUGCUCACAGUCACGACUUUGUGCUGGGCUGCCGCCACAUCCCUCUUUCCUAGCCGGACUCAAGUGCUCACGGACGUCUCCAUCGCUAGUGCAGUGGUCUGGCUCACAUUCAGCGCAGUUUGCCAGCGCUUGAAGGGACUGUGCGCCUCCAAUUUCCUGUGCUCGCUUCAUGCACUUCACUUUGUUGCCGCCGUCAGCGACUUACUCGUGCAGCGACAGCAUGUACUUGUCACUUGGAGUCGCAAGAAUGACGUCCGAAUGGCAAACCAGAGUUCACUGCUGGCACUUACGACUCUGGGCAGCUUCUUGUACGCCUGUUUUCGAAGCAGUCCAGUCGUCGACAAGAACACUCAUGAGGUUGUACUUCUACAUGUGCUAAGUGAAGCUCGUUUGAGAAUUAAAUGCGUCAGAUUGUCAUGUUCAUCCGGGAGACGUCCACAUUUUGCUAGAUUCUUGCGAAUCCUGUUCACAGCCCUCAGCAAUAAAAUGCAAACCAUCGCCCACGAAGAGACCUUCUCGUCUUGCGGGAAGCUUGUGGGCAGUGCUGUCUUUAGGUACGUUGUGAAAACGGGCCUUUUAUCAAAAUACGACGAGAGAGACAUUCUUCCACUCGUAAAAAGGCUCAAAUGCAGACGACUUGUUGCCUUGUUGCCACCUUUGACAAAGUAUAAAUGGAUGGGUCCGAACGCUAAGGGCCGCGUGUUCUGUUCCUUCGUGCGUGUGUUGUGGCACGAGGCCCUGUGGAUACCGCUUACCGGACUCGCCUACUACGCCGCGCUCAUCGUCCGGGUCCCGCUGCUUGAGUCCCUGAUUGAUGACGUCGGUAGUCGGGAAGCGAAGGCGUUGACUGUGCUGUUCCUUUCGUCGUGCGUGGCCGAGGUCUGCCUUUUCGGUUUCCUCGAGUACGUGGCGCUGCGCUUCAGCACCCAACUGAAAAUCCUCAUGCAAGCAGCGCUCUUCACGAAAACGACACGCAUGACCGCCCGCGCGCUGUCUGAGGCCCCGGCGGGCUACCUGGUCUCCUUGGUGGCAGUCGACUGCGAACAGCUGCACACGGUCAUGGUGCUCUCAUCGCACACGCUGAGCGGCCUGCUGUGCCUGCCCGUCCUGCUGUGGAUGCUGUCCAGGCGCGUGGGCACGCUGCCCGUCGUCGCUUGCGUCGCCUGGCCGCUCGCUGUGUUUGCACUCUCCGCGCUGGUCUCGAGGUUGCAGACCGGAUUGUGGGCGAGUGGACUUUUUUCGCCUAGCUUUUUCGCGCUUGGGAACGUGACCGCGUAGUGCAAGUUGCGCUGCUUAGGCGGCACACGCAGGCACACUGACAGGAAAACACGAAACGGACGCGUGCGGAUAUUGCGCGGGGAUCGUGGAUGCCACGAAUUUCGGCGCUCUAGAAGCAGACAGGAGACAAAGUUGGCAUGGUAAAAAGCCAUUUAUAACAAAAAAAAAGACGCAAGAAACAAUUGCAAAGGGCACAAGUCGCGGCCGUUGUAGCUUCGACGUGACGCAGACGUCGGUGUGCGUUGCUGUCGAUUGACGGGGCUGGCUUCUGCAGUGAAGGCAGUGCACUCGCGGCUCACGUGGCACAGACGUGAUCGUAGACGGUAGUGCGCCAGAUCGCCAACCGGCAGACGGUUGCCUCCGUGGCACUGGACAGUUGCACA